UUCAAGAAUUCAUGAAAUUUCAAAUUAAAAGGAAAUAAAAAAGAAAAACAUACCUAGAGGUCACAUUCAUGGAUGUCGAAGAGGCAGUCCACUUCCCCGAGCAUGGCUUCGGAGAAUUUCCCAGGAAACUCCCAGAGAACUGUGUGGAGUAUCUAUUGUUCAUUCUUGACAAUAAACUCGAACCCCGAAAUGUUCUCCCUGAAUUAGAAGCUGUUCGAAAGGCGGCUAUAAACCUAUGCGAUACUGUUGCUAAAGGAUAUAUAUGGCAACGGGACUCCUUCCAGCUCCGUAUCGAAAGAGAUCAACACCUAGUUUAUCUACGAGGAGUCACCGACUAUGGAGAUUCAAUCGAAGACGAAUGGCUCAUAGUCUACAUACUGAGGGAGUUGACUAGGUCCUUCCCGAGCCUCUGGCUGAGAAUUUUUGACGGCGAUGGCGAAUUUCUGCUCAUUGAGGCCGCCAAUGUCUUGCCAAAAUGGUUAAGCCCAGAAAUAGACAAUAACCGAGCAUGGAUACAUGAUGGGAUGCUUUACAUAGUUCCUCUUGCCGCCAGCUCGGGUAAAAAGAUUGCAUUAUCCCUGGCAGAGGCUGUCAGAUACAUCCAGUCAAACCCAGAUGAUCUUGUACAUUCUACCUUCGUUGAAGCCGAAGCCCUUUACAGGCUAGAGAAAUACCCCGGACAGAUCACAGAUUCGAUUCACAAUUCAUUGGCCACCAUACCUAGGAAACUGGCGUACAUCCUACACGAGAGGCCCUCCACCAUUGCCCCUGCCGUUGAAGCGUUCUACCUGCGAAACCCAACCGCAAUGAAGCCACUUGCUUCAUUAUCUGGAAACCCGCACUUCCCCCCUCAGGAUCUGGUGACCAUCAGCGUGAAGUUCACCAAGGUACUAUUCGCUCAGCUCAAAUCCCAACGCUUUGCAUAUCCUCCAAUAUGGAGCAGCAUUUUCGAGGCCGCCGAAAAACACAGUUCUACUACCGAAAGCACACAAAAAGCAUUGGCACAUCUAGAAAUCGGCAUGAAGAUAACGAGCGGGUUUGAAAUGCUUGCUACCAAUGCAGAUAAAAGGGAUAACCGGCUGGCACGUGAAUUUUCCAUGCUUCUGGAGGAUAUGGAAGAAGAUGGCGCUGAUGUACUUCCAACGAACGAGGAUAUGGAAGCUUGGGAAGACGUGCACAGGGAAGAUGAUGAAUCCUGGCUAGACAUCAAUUUCAACGACUUUGAGAAUGAGUUGCAAGGAAAUCGUGGGUCUAGGGAGGGGGCUAGUAAUGGGUUUGGUGAUGCUGCAGCACAGGCGGAUCUUCAGAAAAUUGUCUCUCGCUUUGAGGCCUUUCUAAACGACGAAAAAGCUGGUGUAGAAGGCGCUGAUAUGGAAGAUAUGGAUCAGGACGACGAUCUCGAGGAUGAGGAUGAGGAUGAAGAUGAAGAGAGUGAGGACGAGGACAAAGAGGUCAGUUUCGAUGAAGAACAAUUUUCCAAAUUGAUGAAAGAGAUGAUGGGGUUGCCAUCUAUACAGAGUGAUGAAUACGAAGGUGGACCUGGAUUUUCAAGCAAGACUACCACAGGCGGUAUUGUUCAAGGGGAGAAGGAGAGAGAAGAGGACGAAGAUGAGGAUAUCAAGCAAUUGGCUGCUCAAAUGGAGGCUGAACUAAAGGGACAUGGUGCACUUAAACUUGACCCCAGGCCCCAAGCACCAAAAGGUGUUAUAGCAGGAGACGAUGGCAGUUAUAAGGGCAAAGAAAAGGCUAUUCUAGAAUACGAGGCCAAAGAAGGAGAAGAAGAAGAAGGAGAAGAAGAAGAAAGUAGCGAUGAGGAAGUUGAUGUCGACUAUAACCUUGCCAAGAAUUUACUAGAAAGUUUCAAGAGCCAGGCUGGAAUGGCUGGGCCUGCAGGUAACAUUCUCGGGAUGAUGGGAUUACAACUCCCUCGAGACGAAGACGAGGAUGAGGAGGAAGAUGGUUAAGAAUAUCUACCUACUCUAGGUAGGGUAGGUAUGCAUAUGAGUACUGUGUUGAAUAUACCUCACUGUAUUGCAUAUUCCUUGCUAGGUAUGUAACUAACUAGGUUAGCAGUUUUGCAUUUGAUUAAUAAGGUAGUUAUUGACUUACCUAAUAAAUGUAUAAGUA